AUGGCUACCCCCAGUGUCCUCACUUUUGAUGCUGAGGGCCCUGCCGUUGACUUUGAGGUCUGGGUCGAUGACCUCCAGCUGUUUCUCCACUGCGAUAGGGCAGACGGCCUCUCCCUGUUUGACAUCACUUCUGGUGCCUCUCCUGCCCCUGCUGCUGAUGCUGACACCACUAUUCACUCACAGUGGGCCACGCGCGAUGUUGUUGGUCGCCUUGCUGUGCGCCGCCAAUUACCGACCACUGAGCGUGCACACUUUAGCCAGGGUGUUCUCCCUCCCCCCUCUUGCCCUCUGUUGCCUCUGCUGCUGCGGCCGACCUCGUUGGUUUCGAGUCGGUCGGCGCUGCGUCUGCCCCGAGUAGGAAACGCCGCACCGGCAGGGGCAAGGGGGGCAAGGGCAUUGGAGGGGCUGGAGGGGGCGGUGGAGGUGGUGGUGGAGGCACUGGAGGGAGUGGGGGUGGUGGUGGGAGUGGUGCCGGGGGUGGCGGCGGCGGCGGCAGCAGUGGAGGAGGCGGAGGCGGUGGAGGUGGCGGAGGGAGCGGAGGCGGCGGAGGUGGCGGAGGAGGCGGAGGUGGAGGAGGCGGCGGAGGCGACGGCGGCGGUGGUGGAGCGGGUCGCGACUCUGCGCAGAGGAGUGGCUCAGGUGGUGGUCCGCGCCAGCAGCAGCAGAGUGGUGUGA